CUCCAUUUUCUUCAAAAAUAACAAAAUUAUUUCUCUACAUAAAUAUCUCUCCAUUUUCAUAAAACCCUUGUUCCUUUUCCUUUCUCAUAAUUAAACUAAUGGCCUUGGUUACCAGCUUAGGUGCUGAAAAGCCAGUGGUGAUAUUCAGCAAAAGCUCUUGCAGCAUGUGCCAUUCCAUCAAGACUCUGAUAAGCAGUUAUGGGGCGAAUGCUACAGUAUAUGAGAUAGAUGAACACCCAAAGGGGCAGCAAAUGGAGAGGGAGCUGAAGGCGUUGGGUAGUAGCAGGCCAAGUGUGCCAGCCGUGUUCAUAGGUCAUGAGCUCGUUGGUGGCCCUGAUGAGAUAAUGAGCCUCCAACUCAAGGGAAAGCUGGUGGACUUGCUCAAACAGGCAAAUGCCAUAUGGGUUUAAUGAUGAUAUUAAAAAGACAAAAAAAAAAAAAAAAAAAAUCACUCAACAUUUCUUAUGAGAUAUGACGACUACUAUGGUUGAGUAAUGUGAGUCUUUUAGAAUAUAUACGUAAUAUCAUGAGUACUCUUGUCAAAAUUUUAUUGUGGUUACAUGUGUAAUAUAUAUGAAACAAAUAAUUCUGCUAUAAAACA